AUGGAAUUUGCUCCGGCAACCUUUGGAGACUUCUGGCUUUCCGGCACAGAUCUGGGGUGUGAUUCAAACUUCCGCUGGUGCACCCUGAGCCGGGACUUCGUCGACCCUGAGGUCAAAUGGAAGGAGGGACACCCGAAACCCGGUCUGGACUGCGUUUAUCUCGAACUGAGGAAUGGAUCCGCGUUGCUGGCCACCGAUAACUGCGCCCAAAACAAGAGUUUUCUCUGCGAAGUGAGGAAGAAGGCUACCUUCCAAAGGGCCAUGCAGACAGAAUGUGCAGAAACCUGGGACAUCACCGUUGACCAAAUCGAUCUUCUAAUGAACGUGACCACUUUUCUCACGGCAACUAUAUCGCUGAAUUUGAAGUUUGGCAUUGGAGGAUUGGACGCUUUAGCAACGCUGCGACAGAUAGAACUCGUGUCCCAGGAGGAACCCACGAAAUUGGAGAGGGGAUUUGUGGCUUAUGAUCAAUGCAGCGGCAUUAUUGCCAAAAUAAACGACACGUUUUCGCUCGUUUCCGAGUGGUCCGGCGAGUUUUUCGUUUUCGCCCUUAAAGCAAACAAGGCGAGGACCAUCGACCGGAAGACUGGCCCGUUCUCUAAGGGUCAGGGCGGGGUCAAGGACGCCGCUUGGAUGAUCGUUUCGCCGCUGAACAAUCUGCUCGGCUACGCGUGCAGCUUCCAAUGCCGCGAAAUAUUUUUCGUCGACGACACCAAGAAGCCGAUCUCCGUCACGCCGAUCGGCACUUUGUCUUCCGACUCGAAAGGGAUGCUCAUGGACAAAAAUGGAGUCUUGUACUUUGUCCACGAGAAGGAGAAAUGCGUCACCGCUUGGGACACGAAAAUUCCGUUCAACGAGGAAAUGCUUCACAAGUUCGAGCCUGACGUGGACUCGAUUAUUUACGCGCUGGACGGUGCUGAUAACCUUUGGCUGCUCUCGCACGACGCCAGCAGCCACUUCUUCCUUCAUCGAGGCUCAAACAGCACCGAUUGUAAUUAUUUUAAAUAAAAUGAAUACUUAAAA